GGCACCCGGCUCCGGUCCGCGCCGCCGGUUUUAAGUAGCAUCUUUCGGAUUUGUUUCCGCGGUAUCUGUCCCGACCUCGGCGCUGCUUGGGCUCUCACAGCCUCUCCUUAGGUCUCCUCCAAACGACCACCUCUCGGAUUCCUUAUGGAUCGCAGCUCCAAGAGGAGGCAGGUGAAGCCUUUGGCAGCUUCUCUGCUAGAAGCUCUCGAUUAUGAUAGUUCAGAUGACAGUGAUUUUAAAGUUGGAGAUGCUUCAGAUUCUGAAGGGAGUGGUAAUGGAAGUGAAGAUCCUUCAAAGGACAGUGGAGAAGGUUCCUGUAGUGAUUCUGAAGAAAAUAUUUUAGAAGAAGAACUGAAUGAAGGUAUUAAAGUGAAAGAAGAACAACUUAAAAAUUCUGCAGAGGAAGAAAUACUGUCAUCAGAAAAGCAGUUAAUUAAGAUGGAAAAGAAGGAGGAAGAAGAGAAUGGAGAAAGACCUAGAAAGAAAAAGGAGAAAGAGAAAGACAAGGAAAAAGAGAAGGAGAAAGAAAAAGAGAAGGAGAGAGAGGAUAAAGAAAAAGCAACAGUAUCUGAUAAUGUGGCUGCUUCUGCUGCUUCCACCACACCAGCCACAAGUCCUCCUGCUGUUAACACAUCUCCAUCAGUUCCCACUACAACAACCGCUACAGAGGAGCAAGUCAGUGAGCCAAAAAAGUGGAACCUUCGUCGAAAUCGACCACUUUUGGAUUUUGUAUCCAUGGAAGAGCUAAAUGAUAUGGAUGACUACGACAGUGAAGAUGACAAUGAUUGGCGACCAACUGUAGUAAAGAGAAAGGGAAGAUCUGCCUCUCAGAAAGAAGGCAGUGAUGGAGACAAUGAGGAUGAUGAAGAUGAGGGAAGUGGGAGUGAUGAGGAUGAGAAUGAUGAAGGCAAUGAUGAAGAUCACAGCAGCCCUGCCAGUGAAGGGGGUUGCAAGAAGAAGAAGAGUAAAGUUCUUAGCAGAAACAGUGCUGAUGAUGAGGAACUGACCAAUGAUAGCCUGACACUAUCUCAGAGCAAGAGUAAUGAGGACUCGCUGAUUCUUGAGAAGAGUCAAAACUGGAGUUCUCAAAAAAUGGAUCACAUUCUGAUUUGCUGUGUUUGUCUUGGAGAUAAUAGCGAGGAUGCUGAUGAAAUAAUUCAGUGUGACAAUUGUGGCAUUACGGUCCAUGAAGGUUGCUAUGGAGUUGAUGGAGAGAGUGACUCAAUUAUGAGUUCAGCUUCUGAAAACUCCACUGAACCUUGGUUUUGUGAUGCCUGUAAAUGUGGUGUUUCCCCUAGCUGUGAACUAUGUCCCAAUCAGGAUGGAAUUUUCAAGGAGACAGAUGCUGGAAGAUGGGUUCACAUUGUCUGUGCUCUGUAUGUUCCUGGAGUAGCCUUUGGAGAUAUUGACAAAUUACGACCAGUAACACUGACAGAAAUGAACUAUUCCAAGUAUGGUGCCAAGGAAUGUAGCUUCUGUGAAGACCCUCGUUUUGCUAGAACUGGAGUUUGCAUUAGCUGUGAUGCAGGGAUGUGCAGAGCCUAUUUCCAUGUGACCUGUGCCCAGAAGGAAGGUCUUCUUUCGGAGGCAGCAGCAGAAGAGGAUAUAGCAGAUCCAUUUUUUGCUUAUUGUAAGCAACAUGCAGAUAGGUUAGACAGAAAAUGGAAGAGAAAAAACUACUUGGCUCUACAGUCCUAUUGUAAAAUGUCUUUGCAAGAGAGGGAGAAGCAACUGUCACCAGAAGCACAGGCAAGAAUCAAUGCCCGGCUUCAACAAUAUCGUGCCAAAGCAGAGCUAGCUCGAUCCACCAGACCCCAGGCUUGGGUUCCAAGGGAAAAAUUGCCCAGACCACUCACUAGUAGUGCUUCAGCCAUUCGUAAACUGAUGCGGAAAGCAGAGCUAAUGGGGAUCAGUACAGAUAUCUUCCCAGUGGACAAUUCCGAUACUAGUUCUAGUGUGGAUGGAAGGAGAAAGCAUAAGCAACCUGCUCUCACUGCUGAUUUUGUGAAUUAUUACUUUGAGAGAAAUAUGCGCAUGAUUCAAAUUCAGGAAAAUAUGGCUGAGCAAAAGAAUAUAAAGGAUAAAUUAGAGAAUGAACAGGAAAAACUCCAUGUGGAAUAUAAUAAGCUGUGUGAAUCUUUAGAAGAACUACAAAACCUCAAUGGAAAACUUCGAAGUGAAGGGCAAGGAAUAUGGGCCUUACUAAGCAGAAUCACAGGGCAGAAGUUGAACAUACCGGCAAUUUUGCGGGCACCCAAGGAGAGAAAACCCAGUAAAAAAGAAGGAGGCACACAAAAGACAUCUAUUCUUCCUGCAGUACUUUAUAGUUGUGGGAUUUGUAAGAAGAACCAUGAUCAGCAUCUUCUUUUAUUGUGUGAUACCUGUAAACUCCAUUACCACCUUGGGUGUCUGGACCCUCCUCUUACAAGGAUGCCAAGGAAGACCAAAAACAGUUACUGGCAAUGUUCAGAAUGUGACCAGGCAGGGAGCAGUGACAUGGAAGCAGACAUGGCCAUGGAAACCUUACCAGACGGCACCAAACGGUCAAGGAGGCAGAUUAAGGAACCAGUGAAAUUUGUUCCACAGGACAUGCCUCCAGAACCUAAGAAGAUUCCAAUAAGAAACACGAGAACCAGAGGACGAAAGCGAAGCUUCAUUCCUGAGGAAGAAAAACAUGAGGAAAGAAUUCCUAGAGAGAGAAGGCAAAGGCAGUCUGUGUUACAAAAGAAGCCUAAGGCUGAAGAUUUGCGAACUGAAUGUGCAACUUGCAAGGGAACUGGAGACAAUGAAAAUCUUGUCAGGUAA